CGCGGGGCGGGGACGCGGCCGCCGCCCGCUUUGCGCCGCUCCUCCCCGCGCGAGUGGCGCUCGGCCCGGCGUCGAGGCGGCCAUGGCGACCCUGAGCCCGCUCCCCACCCACCCCGCCUGCUCCGCCCUCCCCUCCGCCCCGCGCCACCUUUGAUGGCUCGGACCUCGGCCGGCCACCGCCAGCCCCGCUCGCGUGUCCGCGCCGCCGCCGCCGCCCCCGCCGCCCGCGGGUAUUAAUAGCCGAGCGUCCCCGCCGCACGCGCAGCCGGAGUCGCCGCGCCCUCGGCCGCCGGGAGCUCGGAGCUGCGGAGCCCGGAGGCCGGGAGUGGGAGCCGGAGCCGCCUGCGCCGUGGAGGCAUCAUAUAAUCUGCUCUCAUCAUGGGAGAAAUAGAGCAGAGGCCAACUCCAGGAUCGAGACUGGGGACAGCGGAGAAUUCGGGGAUCAGUACCUUGGAACAUGGACAGAAGCCUCCCCCGACGCCUUCAGGAAAACUCAUGUCCGUCAGAAUCCAGAUGCUGGAUGACACCCAGGAGGCCUUUGAAGUUCCGCAAAGAGCCCCGGGGAAAGUGCUGCUGGAUGCGGUGUGCAGCCACCUGAACCUCGUGGAAGGAGAUUAUUUUGGCCUCGAGUUUCCUGACCACAAGAAGAUCACGGUGUGGCUGGAUCUCUUAAAACCUAUUGUCAAGCAGAUUAGAAGGCCAAAGCAUGUCGUUGUUAAGUUUGUGGUGAAAUUCUUUCCACCUGACCACACACAACUCCAAGAAGAACUCACAAGGUACCUGUUUGCUCUGCAGGUGAAGCAGGACCUGGCUCAAGGCAGGCUGAUGUGUAGUGACACCAGCGCUGCCCUCUUGGUCUCACACAUUGUGCAAUCUGAGAUUGGGGAUUUUGAUGAAGCAUCGGACAGAGAGCAUUUAGCAAAAAAUAAGUACAUACCUCAGCAAGAUGCACUAGAAGACAAAAUUGUGGAAUUUCACCAUAACCACAUUGGACAAACACCCGCAGAAUCGGAUUUCCAGCUCCUGGAGAUUGCCCGCAGGCUGGAGAUGUACGGCGUCCGAUUGCACCCAGCUAAGGACCGGGAAGGCACUAAGAUCAACCUGGCUGUGGCCAACACAGGGAUUCUAGUGUUUCAGGGUUUUACGAAGAUCAAUGCCUUCAACUGGGCAAAGGUGCGGAAGCUGAGCUUCAAGAGGAAGCGCUUUCUCAUCAAGCUCCGCCCAGAUGCGAACAGCUCAUACCAGGAUACCUUGGAAUUCCUAAUGGCCAGUCGGGACUUUUGCAAAUCCUUCUGGAAAAUCUGUGUUGAACAUCAUGCCUUUUUUAGACUUUUUGAAGAGCCCAAACCAAAGCCAAAGCCUGUUCUGUUUAGCCGAGGGUCAUCGUUUCGGUUCAGUGGCCGGACUCAGAAGCAGGUUCUCGACUAUGUUAAAGAAGGAGGACAUAAGAAGGUGCAGUUUGAAAGAUGGAGACAUGGCAGCUCAAAGAUGUUGAGUAACUCGCCCAGGUCUCAGAGCUGGAAACACAGCAAGAUUCAUUCCAUCAGAAGCCUUGCUACACAGCCUGCAGAGCCGAAUUCAGAAGUGCCAAAACAAGCUCAGCAGAGUGCCAGCCUUACCUUCGGAGAAGGUGCCGCAUCCCCGGGCGGCCAGAGCUGCCAGCCGGGAAGGGACCCGCCCGCUUCGGCCGAUGAGCGCGGGCCACAGCGCAACCCCACUCCGCAGAGGAGCCCGGCUGGGAGCACGAAGGCAGACGGGGCCGGCAGGGCGGAGACGGAGGAAGAGGAGGAGGUCGUUAAGGACAGGACCCAGCAGAGUAGACCUCGGCCCCCGCAGCCAAGCACAGGCUCCCUGACUGGCAGCCCUCACCUUUCAGAGCUGUCCAUCAACUCGCAGGGAGGAGCUGUGCCCACCAGCACCGUCCUGUCACCCAACCUGAGCCCCGACACCAAGCAGGCCUCCCCCUUGGUCAGCCCGUUGCUGAACGACCAGGCGGGCCCUCGGACUGACGACGAGGACGACAGCCGGAGAAAGAGAUUUCCAACUGACAAAGCGUACUUCAUCGCUAAGGAAGUCUCCACCACUGAGAGAACGUAUCUGAAGGAUCUCGAAGUCAUCACUUCGUGGUUUCAGAGCACAGUAAGCAAAGAGGACUCCAUGCCCGAAACCUUGAAAAGUCUCAUUUUCCCGAAUUUUGAACCUUUGCACAAAUUUCAUACAAAUUUUCUCAAGGAAAUUGAGCAACGACUCGCCCUGUGGGAAGGCCGCUCGAAUGCGCACAUCAGAGGAGAUUACCAAAGAAUUGGAGAUGUGAUGCUGAAGAACAUUCAGGGCAUGAAGCAACUGGCGGCGCAUCUGUGGAAGCACAGCGAGGCUCUGGAGGCGCUGGAGACCGGCAUCCGGGGCUCCCGGCGGCUGGAGAGCUUGUGCCGAGACUUCGAGCUGCAGAAGGUGUGCUACCUGUCGCUCAACACCUUCCUCCUGCGCCCGCUGCACCGGCUAAUGCACUACAAGCAGGUCCUGGAGCGGCUGUGCAAGCACCACCCGCCCAGCCACGCCGACUUCAGGGACUGCCGGGCUGCUUUGGCAGAGAUCACGGAAAUGGUGGCCCAGCUUCACGGUACGAUGAUCAAGAUGGAGAAUUUCCAGAAGCUGCAUGAACUCAAGAAAGAUUUGAUUGGCGUUGACAAUCUUGUGAUUCCAGGAAGGGAAUUCAUUCGCCUGGGCAGCCUCAGCAAGCUCUCCGGGAAGGGGCUCCAGCAGCGCAUGUUCUUCCUGUUCAACGACGUCUUGCUCUACACGAGCAGGGGGCUGACGGCCUCGAAUCAGUUUAAAGUUCACGGGCAGCUCCCGCUCUACGGCAUGACGAUGGAGGAAAGUGAGGACGAGUGGGGCGUGCCCCACUGCCUCACCCUGCGGGGCCAGCGCCAGUCCAUCGUCGUGGCUGCCAGUUCUCGGUCCGAGAUGGAAAAGUGGGUGGAGGACAUACAGAUGGCCAUUGACUUGGCCGAGAAAAGCAGCGGCCCCGCCCCCGAGUUCCUGGCCAGCAGCCCUCCUGACAGCAAGUCCCCGGAGGAGGCAGCGGGCGACCAGGAGUCGGAGGACGACCUCAGCGCCUCGCGCACCUCGUUGGAGCGCCAGGCCCCGCACCGCGGCAACACCAUGGUGCACGUGUGCUGGCACCGCAACACCAGCGUCUCCAUGGUGGACUUCAGCGUGGCCGUGGAGAAUCAGCUGUCUGGGAACCUGCUGAGGAAAUUCAAGAACAGCAACGGGUGGCAGAAGCUGUGGGUGGUCUUCACCAACUUCUGCCUCUUCUUCUACAAGUCGCACCAGGACAGUCACCCCCUCGCCAGCCUGCCUCUGCUUGGGUACUCGCUCACCAUUCCCUCGGAGUCCGAAGACCUCCACAAGGACUACGUGUUCAAGCUGCAUUUCAAGUCCCACGUGUACUACUUCAGGGCUGAAAGCGAAUACACGUUUGAAAGGAGCAAGUGGAACCGUGACUUUCCCUGGGACACAUCAGCCCAAAACCUGUACGCUAGUUCACACCACGCGGGGUACACUUUUCCAUCUCUAACUUGUGUUUUUCCAGUCGAUGGCUACAGUAGUUGCUUCAUCCCGUGGCCAAAAGGCUAAGUAAGCUUCAAGUCAAAAGACCACGUAAGGAAGGAAAAAAAAAAAAAUCCUAGUGCCUCUUAGGGUUAGUUACCUUACCAAUGAGACUGGCUCCGUGGUGUGAAGACCCAGGGCAGUGGUCUUCCUUUAGCCAAGAAGUGAAGGAGCCAGGCUCUCCCUGUGGCCACAUUCAAGUACAAAUCCCGGGCCUCGCAUCCUGGGGCAGGCUCUGAAAGCAGUGUCACUGCCGAACCACCACCUGGGCGAGGGGUGGUCCUUGGGCACCAGACCAGACAGGGCAGCUGCUGCCACCCCCCUGAGGGAGAAACUCCUCCUGAAAACCCACGAGGGUUUCCGAUCAAUGGGCCAGUCAUCCGUGCACAAACUCACUCACGUAAAGUUAGUUCACGGGAAACAGCACAGUGGUUUAAGACCAGGGUCGAAGCCGCCGUUGACACCCACCCCAGAGCAGCAGGGCCCUAAGCUACACUGGUUGAAAAGGGAGCCCAGGGGGUAGCACUCCUCAGAUUUGAUCCUGGACUGGAAAACUGAGAUGCCGUCACUGCUGUGGAAGGGAGAACGUAGUCCUGGGAUUAGGGAUUUCUAAAGCCCUCUAAGCUCCACAAAGGCGGGAAGCUGGGCCAUCCCAGGUCUCCUCCCCCUGGCACUCCUGACGUGGUACACCAGAUGACGCUUUGUUGUUGCAGGCGGGGGACGCUCAGCAGCAGCCUGGGCCCCUCUGCUUCUAGACCACAAACAGCCCCGUGUCUAGGAUAGGCCGCACCCCACUGUCCUGAGAAAGACUGGCAGUGUGCACUGCAGCCCCACGUCGGGCGCGUCUGCAGAAUGAGCAUGCCCCGGUCAGUGGUCCUCAGGAGUACCUGGAGGAGGCCUUAACCCCGCUUUCCUUUACCUUUACCUGGAAGCUAGGAGCUCAUGUGAGAUCUCUCCUGCUACAAAAGCAGAUUCUACGCCAGGCAGUAUUAGGUCACACUGGGGCUUUGUAAGUAACGACCGCCAGGGGUCAUGAAGCUGUAACAAACAAGAAAAGCAGAUUUCAGAGACACGGGCU